AUGGUUGAUAAACUUGCAGUUCAAGACUCUCGAGUCCAAUAUAAAUCGGCUGAUUUGAAUGGAAGAACUUACUCGUAUAUUCUUGCCGAACCUCAAAAUGGUGCCGAACCAGUUGCAACUAUCUUCUUGAUUCACGGAUGGCCUGACAUGGCAUUCGGCUGGAGAUAUCAAAUCCCCGCUCUCCAAGCCCUCAACUAUCGCGUCGUAGUCCCCAACAUGCAAGGCUAUGCCACCUCUUCAUCCCCCCAAGAACUCAGCGCCUUUACCUACAAAACUGCCGCUGACGAUGUUGCCGCUCUCGCAAAGGCCAUCGGUGCCACAUCUAUUAUCCUCGGAGGUCACGAUUGGGGUGGAGCUAUCGUCUACCGUAUUGCUCUUCAUUAUCCUAAACUCGUCACUGCAGUCUUCAGCGUCUGCACACCUUUCUUCCCUCCCCAACAAAAAUAUAUUCCCAUGACCGUCCGACCAAAUUUCAAAUACCAAUUACAACUCCAGGGUCCAGAUGUUGAGAGGGAAAUCCAAGGAAAGGAGAAGUUGAGAUUGAUGUUGAAUGCGCUUUAUGGUGGCCGAUCCCCAGAGAAAGAACUUGGAUUUUCUGUCUCCGAGGGUGUUCUCUUCCAGAAUUUAGAGAAACUUGGUCCAUCUCCACUUUUGUCCAAGGAGGAAUUAGAUCACUACGCAGAACAAUAUGCGAUUAAUGGAAUUAGAGGCCCAUUGAACUGGUAUCGCACUGGCGAAUUGAAUUUUGAAGAUGAGAAGGAGUUGGCGGAGGAAUUCUACAAGGAGAAUGGAUAUAAGGUUGAGAUUCCUACCAUGUUUAUUGGAGGAUCCAGAGAUGCAGCAUUACCACCUGCCAUGGCGGAGAAUAUGCAACAAUGGUUUGGAGAGGGUAAGUUGAGAAAAGAGGAAGUCGAUGCGAGUCAUUGGGCGCUGUGGGAGAAGCCAGAGGAGGUUAAUGCCUAUGUUAAGGAUUUCUUGACAAAGGUCGUAGGGGGACAAAGCCAUCUUUAA